CUAACCUCUGAAUGAUAUUGUGCACGCGGUGUCACAUUCAAAACACAACAAUUUUUAGUCAACAGAGACGACCAACAACGCGUUUUCCAACGGGUAAGUCAACUGUCACGUGAUAUCCGUUAGCGUUGAGAAGCCCAACGCAAACGGAAAGUUGACUUCGACAACGCACCUUUUAUGUCGUUAUGUUUACGUUUGCGUAUGAGGUUAUGUUCGCUGAAUACUGUAGCUGGGAACAGCUUUUUCUUCAAGAAUUAUUUAUUUACCUAAAGUAAAGUUCAAAAUAACCUAGCUUUAUUAAGAAUAUAAUUCUGCAAUAAGUUGUAUAUCAGAGGCUCACGCUUUUCACCUCCUGCGUUAUUUGUUCGUCAGCAAUGGUAUCACCUUUUCAUAAUCUUACCCCCUCAUACAACAGCAUACUUCAACUUUUUAAGGAGUAAAUUUAUUACCUACUCUGUCAUUUUUAAGUAAAUUCAUCUGGAAGUGAAUUCGUAAAAUUCCAGCCUACGAAUAUCGCCUACAACCAGCCGCUCACCCUACGAGGAAGGAACUUCAGCACUCUUGGCACCCGUCUACAAGGUCUCAAGUCCAUUAACUCUGGCUCAGGCAUAAAUCAUCGAAGACCGUACUGCGAUAUAAUGUUCAGGAGAGGAAGAAGACCUUGGAGAGGAGCGAGAGGAGUACACCGAUGGGUCCGAUCAGAACAAGAGGAGCAACCUCAACAUUUUCAACCGGAUGAAGCAGAUAAUCAAGAAAUUUCCCAGCAACACGAGUUUCAGGAGUCGAGUGGAGAAAAUUUUUCAACUGGCAGAGGAGGGAAAAAGCGAGACUUCAGAACCCAAAAUGGUCCCGAUUAUAAUGCAGGUAACCCGCACUUUGUUAAAAAACCAAAGAACUCUUUUAUAAAUAGUAACAACUUCACUAAUAAUUCAGGUGAUUUCAAAAGGAACCCUCCCUCCCAUAAUGUACACCAAAAUCACCAUCAACAAAAUAUGCGUCCGAAUCAUCCACCACAGGAUCUUCAUCCAAAUCAUCCGGGGCAAGCUAGACAGUAUGAUAAUCACCCACCUCAGAACAAGCAUCCUAAUCGUCCACCUCAUAAUGUACACCCAAAUCGUCCACCGCAGAGGAAUCAUUUCCCACAGAGUCAUAAUCACCCCCCACAGACUUCGCAUCCAGGCCAUCCAUCACAGCAUGUUCAUCACAAUCCUCCAAUGCACUCGUCUGAUUAUGUGGAUGAGCCAGCUCCUGAUGAGGGAGCGGCAGAUUUUCCUCCUUCGCAACAGCCAAUGGAUAAUGUGCCUUUCAGAUGUACCAUGUGUGGGAAACCUUUCAAGAAAAAAGCUCUCCUAGAUAUACAUUUAGAAUCAGAGUGCAAGGCUGCCAUGAAUCAAGGCCAGUCUUCUCAUUUCCAAUCGGAUAAUUUUCAGCGAGGAAAUAAUUAUCGAGGGCGUCCUCGAGGACUGAGAAGGCGAGGGCGGGGAAGAAGGGGGGGUUUCAAUCAUAACUUCAACCCUCCUCAUGAAAACGAUCAUGAUUUUAAUGAUGUCGAAAACUUCGAAUCCUGGGAUGAGUUUGAAAACAGCGAAUUUCAUGAAGCUCAAGAUAAUUUUGGCAAUGACGAGUUCUCAGAGCAGAAUGCCUUCAGAGGUAGCAGAGGUAGAGGAAGAGGGAGAGGUAGAGGAAGGGGUAGGGGUAGGGGUAGAAGUCGAGGUCGCCCUCCGUACCGUGGUGGACAAAUGGGACCGCGACCCUCUUUCCACUCUGAGUUCCAUGACUCGGAGGAUCCCCAUAACAACUUGCAGCAUGAAGCAUAUUCUUCUGAUGUAUACAAUGAGGAUUCAAACAGCUAUGAUGGACCUCCAGAUGAUGGCUUUAGCUUUCACAACCAAAAUCAUAGGAUGAAUAAUCGACGUGGAGGUCCCCGAAAUUUUUUUAAUUCGAAAUAUUGUAACUUAUGUAAUGUCCAAGUUAGUAGUUAUGAAGAACUUCAGUUUCACAAGGAGAAGUUUCAUUUGAAGUGCAAAUUCUGCGUAGCAUUCUUCGCAACUAAGCCUGAUUUAUAUUUACAUCAAGAAACGCAUUUAACAGAAGAAAACUCAAACCCAACCGUAGAUCAAAACAUUGAAGAGCCCUUUAUCGAGGAUCCAAACAUGCAGCCUGAUGGUUUUCCGUCUAAUUGCCAUUUAUGUGGUCAAGUUUUCAACGAUCACGAAAGUCUUUCCACACAUUUGCAGAAUGAUCAUGGGCAAUUACCGUUACCGCCCAUGUUUCCUCUACCAGAGACUGUUGAAGGUCAAGAAGGAAUGGGUCUUAAUGAACCUGAAUCAGCAACAGGAGAAGCCGAUCCAGUUGAAAACAUUCCAGAACAGAUUAUUUCAUACCCUUGUUGUUUAUGCAUUACAAGUUAUUCAAAUAUAGGAGAAUUAUCUGAACAUAUUUCCUCAACACAUCCUCCUGCAUUAGUAUGUAGUGAGUGUGGGUUUGUAUUCAAAGAUGAAGAGCAGUUGCAAGGUCACCAUAAGUAUGAACACAGCCAAAACGACUUUCCUGAAAAAGAGCGCUACGCCAUCCUUGCUCACACUGAUUAUUAUCCUUGCGAGUUAUGCUCUGAAGUGCAAUGUAGUCCAGCUACUCUUCAAUUUCACAUGCAUGUACAUCGUGUUCAUAAUGUACAGCAUGAACCAAAAAGCAACAGACAGCCUUAUAUUGCUUGUCCAGAAUGUAACGUUUUAAUUAAGAGUAAUGGUCUUAAAAACCACAUCCUCAAUAACCACAAAUUGAUCACAUGUAACGUAUGUCAACAAGUAUUCUCGGAUAAAUAUGUUUUUGUGAAGCAUGUUGACCUGGAACACUAUCCCAAUUGUGUGUGCAACAUCUGUUGUGCAAUAUGUUUUAAUAAUAAUGCCCUGCAGCAACAUGGGGCUACAGAACAUGCAAUGGGUGAAAUGUUCAAAUGCAAUCUGUGCUCUAAAAGGUUUGGGAUGAGGACACUGCUAAGCAUUCAUGAACUCCUACAUUCUGAGCUAUUUAGCCAAUGUAAAGUAUGUGGCGAAUUUUUCAAGAUGCCUGAAUACAUGCUUGAGUUCAGAUCUCAUAUGGUUGACACUCAUGGAAUGGAUAGUGGUAUGUUUGUGUGAACCAUUUUCAAUUUUUCUCAGUAUUUCAGUCAAGUUCUUCAUCAGGACGGCUUUUUUAAAUUAAAGAAGAAUUCAGGGAAAGUUCCAGGCAAUUACUCCUUUGAAAGUUCUUACCAUGACUAGUUGCUCUGACAUCAUGCUCUUUUUAAUGAUAUGCAUUUUAAACCAUUUAUUAUUUAAUUUUUUCAGAGAAGAGAGAAAAUCAACCUAAUUACACUGUACACGCUAUAUUUAAAAGAAAAUAAUUAUCUUACUUGAAUUCCCUUUUCCAUUCAUUUUGUGCUGUGCUCCUAUCAAAAAAGGUGGCUUGCUGGAUUUCCCCAGCAGUCUUUAUUUUGUAAUCCUUACGAGUACAUACCGAGAUUCCAUUUUAUAGAUAUUCUUUUAUUUUUGGUCUCUAUAUCUUUCAAUUGCUUGUACUAAAAUAUUUCAUCUCUCAUACCGUCUUGGUGUUUUACAAAUGUGGAUCUUAGCACUUCAGAUUCAUAAAACAUUAAGACCAUAACUGGCAAUCUCUGAGAGGAAAUUAUGCGCGAUUGAGUACCUUUAUUUAAGGAUACUGAGAGUGAGAAUAUGGUUCUGUUAAAUCAUGUUCUGUCAAUACAUAAUCCUUGCAAGUAGAGUGUUCCCACUUUUCUGUCUUCAUAAUUUUUUUGCAUGAUAUUUUUUGGGUUUUUAUGAAUGCUAUGCCCAAUUAAACUACUCCUUUUUUAAAUUUCUACUUGUGAUAAUGAAAUCAAUUAUUGCUCUUUCUAUCAGAAAAUAAACUAAAAGCAAGUCUGAAUUGCUUAAGAUGGCAGCUUAAUCAAGUUUUACCCAAAUAUUUCCAACCUGUCUGGGAGGGUAAAUCUGAGAUACCCUUGCAAGUAUCACUUACCAUUUAUUCAAACAGGACUAGAUUCUUGCAAAGAGACCUCAUCUGUUAAAAUCCCAACAUUAAGUCACAAGCACUAUUGCUAAUGGAACAUGAAAUCAAACAUGCUUUUGACAGGUUGAACUUUCAUUGCUCAAAAAUUGAUCGUAAUCGGACGCUCUGAAAUUUGCUCCACUUGUUCAAAUUUUUUAAAAACACAUUUAAAAAUUUGUAAGUAGGUAUCGACCAAUUACAGUUAGUAACAGAGUCAUCAAAUUUUUGUCUCCUCAAUAUUUCAUACUGCAUUCCUUUUUCAGUUUUUAGGUGUAAUUACUCUUUUUCUUCAUUAGCUAAAUUCGAAAUUAACAUGGGUGCGUAUGUGUACUUAAUGUAUGUAAUCUGAUAUUGUUAUGUAAUCUAAUGUUCUUGAAGGCAAUUCUUCAGCCAUCAUUUCAGAGAUAUGCUUUUACAUUGAUUUGAACUUUUAAAGAUAUUUUUGUAGGUAACACUUAAAGUUGUAUCAUUCGGCAUAAAAUCAGUAUCUAAUUCCAUUUUAACUUACAGUCACUUUUGAAUGGUUUUCCAGUGUCAAGGGUCAGUGAAUGUUGGUCAUGGUUGUUUCAUAUUCUUAAAAUCAAAGCCUUUUCCCUGCUGUUCCAAUGAAUGUAUUUUUACUUGACGUGUUAUUUAGGUUGCUCAGGUUUUUUCAUUUGGUAUUAUGUAUGGUCUAUACACUUUAAAAAUUAAUUGACAGGAAAAAAUCAUUCUCAGUAUUCCUCAUCUGAAAAUCUUAGUUAAACUUGUAAAAAACAGAAUGAAAUCACAGGAUUUUGUAUUGGAUUUCAGACCACCUGGAAGCUCAUUAAAUAGGCACUGCUCUCAGACCAUCUCAAGAACCAUGUGUUCAUAGACUGUAAUCGUCUUUUAUUGCUUACUGUUUUGGUAUAUGUGUACCUAUUUGAUUUUAUGUAACAAUUUUUUUUUGUAAAUAUACAAUCCUAUUUAUUUGUGGUAAAA